AUGUCGCCGUCUUCCAACAGCGACUCUCCCGCUUCGGUAGUGGGCAGCAUGACCAUGGCCGCGCAGGCUGCUCCCAACGCUGUAAGGCAAUACCCUCUGCCGAAUCGGGACUUCACAAUCGAAAUACCUUCGCCCCAAAUUGCACCCACUACCAAUGGGGUCAACACCGUCAAGUCACCCUCCACUCUCAAGUCUGCCCGUGCUCCCAACUUCAGCCGGGAAGGUAUUCUUGGAUCGGCCCAGAAAGCCCGAAAUCUCUCGCAGUCGUCCGAAAACCGGCCUGACAAUGUCAAUGUCUCUAAUGGCUUUCAAAAGGCUCCUAGUGAAGAGAGCACCAAUCCGCUGAAAAGAAGAAAUACGGAUGCUGGUGUCGACUACCCUAGAAGAAGGGCAACCAUUGCGUGCGAGGUAUGCCGCUCGAGGAAGUCGCGGUGUGACGGCACAAAACCAAAAUGCAAGCUGUGCACAGAGUUGGGUGCCGAGUGCAUAUAUCGCGAGCCCGGUAUCAAGCUGGAUGCCGGCGACAAGCUCAUCCUCGAACGCCUCAACAGGAUAGAAAGUCUGCUGCAAUUAAACAUGGGCCUAACCGGUCAUACCAAUGGCCUAGGAUUAUCCCAUAACUCCCCGGGGAUGAGCAACGGGACAGGGUUGAGUGGUGACAACCUGAUGAUGCAAAAUCCCGAUGCCGCCGGCUUUGUCUCGGUGAUCCCCAGCGGAGGCUUGGGCACAUGGUCUGCCACCGCUACCAACAGCUUGUCAACAAUGCCCAAGGUCCACACCAAUGCCGCCCUUCAUUUGUUGCAAUGGCCCAUGAUCCGGGAUCUCGUCUCACGACCUUACGACCCACAAAUUCUCCUCCAACUCGAAAUGGCCAGGGAGCCACUCCACUCGCUCACAAAGACCCCUUGUGUGGACCUCUCCAACACUUCCGCCUACAUCGAAGCCUAUUUUGAUCGUGUCAACGUUUGGUACGCCUGUGUCAACCCUUAUACAUGGAGGAGCCACUAUCGUAUCGCCCUCUCGAACGGUUUCAGGGAAGGACCAGAAAGUUGUAUUGUGCUUCUCGUCUUGGCUCUCGGUCAGGCAAGUUUACGGGGGAGCAUAUCCAGGAUCGUGCCACAUGAGGAUCCCCCGGGCCUCCAAUAUUUCACGGCCGCAUGGGCCUUGCUACCGGGCAUGAUGACCUCCAACAGCGUUCUCGCCGCGCAAUGCCACCUUUUAGCUGCCGCUUACCUAUUCUACCUCGUCCGACCCCUGGAAGCAUGGAACCUUCUCUGCACAACAAGUACCAAGUUGCAGCUCCUCCUUAUGACGCCGAACCGGGUGCCUGUCGACCAAAGGGAACUGAGUGAAAGGAUCUACUGGAAUGCUCUGCUGUUCGAGAGCGACCUCCUCGCCGAGCUGGACCUUCCGCAUUCUGGUGUUGUUGCAUUUGAAGAAAAUGUUGGUCUGCCAUGUGGCUUCGAGGGGGAUGAGCAAGAGGCAGUUGGUCGCGAUGAUUUGUGGUAUUUCCUCGCCGAGAUAGCACUUCGGCGACUACUCAACCGCGUCAGCCAGCUCAUUUACUCCAAGGACUCCUUGGCCUCUACAACGAGUCUCGAACCCAUCGUGACCGAGUUGGAUUUCCAACUAACGCAGUGGUACGAGAGUCUACCUCUACCGCUGCAAUUCCCGUUUACUCGGACAAUGCUCCCAGAUCCUGUCCAGACGGUGUUGCGGUUGCGCUUCUUUGCUUGCCGGACCAUUAUUUACCGGCCAUACAUUCUCGCAGUCCUCGACAAUGAACAGGCAAUACUGGACCCCUCAGUGCGUGACGCGUGCACAAAGUGUCUGGAGGCUUCAAUCAGACAAUUGGAGCAUAUCAGUGCACAUAUUCUGGUCAGCUUGGUCUCACACCGCGACGUUAUCGACCAGAUCAUCAACGAUGUCGUCAUGGAAAUCGAGCGUUAUUCCGUACUCUCACCCAGUCUGAGCCUCUCGGCGGAGAUUAUCAAGGAAGCGGAGGUUAGGCGACGAACGUUUCUGAGUGGUUGA